AAACUACUAACCAAUCCCGAAGCAUCCAGAAAUGGCGGAAAGAGGUUCGGUGGAGGUUAAUGCCGAAGAUGAGAUGGAGACGCUCUUCUCUGAAUUUCCAGAACUUCCAGAUACAAGCACACCCCAAAAAGGUACGUCGGAUAAAUUCUUGGACGCGGCGGUGGAAGCUGCGCGUAAAGCUGGAGAGAUAAUCCGUUCUGCUUUUUACAUGGAGAAAGGUGAGCACAAAGGCGAGGUGCCUUUAGUGAUUGAAACUCAUAAACGCUGUGACGAACUAAUAUUCAAUAUUCUGAAUCAGAAAUUCCCUCAACAUAAGUUCAUAAGGAAAGAAUCACCUACAUCUUUUGUUCACAAACAAUUGACUAAGGACCCGACUUGGAUUGUUGAUCCUUUGGGUGGAACAACCAACUUUCUGCAUUCAUUUCCAUUUGUAUGUGUGUCCAUUGCAUUUACACUUGGAAAAACUCCAUCGGUUGCAGUUGUCUACAAUCCUAUAAUGGGUGAGCUUUUUACUGCUAUUCGUCAAAAAGGUGCUUUCCUUAAUGGGAAUCCUAUCAAAGUCAGUAGUCAAACCCAGCUUAGGAAGUCCCUUCUUGGCACAGAGGUGGGAACAAAACGCGACGAGCGUACUAUAGAUGCUGUUACUUAUAGGAUCAAGCGUCUACUCUUAAAGGUUUGGUCAGUAAGAAUAGGUGGAUCCUGUGCGUUAAAUCUGUGUGGAGUUGCAUGUGGAAGACUUGAUUUAACCUAUGAAACGGGUUUGGGAGGCGCUUGGGAGGUAGCAGCCGGAGUGCUUAUUGUUAGUGAAGCGGGAGGUGUUGUGUUUGAUCCUUAUGGUGUAGAAUUUGAUAUCAGCUCUGGGAGAGUAGGUGCUUCGAAUGCUUUCCUCAAGGGUACAUUUGGUGAAGCAUUGGAGAUCGCAAUAGAUAAAUCACUUUGAAACCAGCCAGGUAAGCUUGCUUGGUUAUUAUAUUCAGAGGAAGUAUAGUAUAGUAUAGUAUGCUAAG